CAGGCAUAAUUGGUGAAGCCUGAAUCGUUCACUCUCCUCCUGCAACUGAUGGAAACGUUUGAAACAUUCUGUCUCUGGUAGAGCUUGAACUGGUUGCAAGCAAUUUAAGAUGGUACGUGAACAGUACAAUACAGCCACAGAAGGCACCCACAUAGAGCGGCCAGAGAACCAGUAUGUCUACAAAAUUGGCAUUUAUGGCUGGAGAAAGCGUUGCCUCUACUUAUUUGUUCUUCUUUUACUCAUCAUCCUUCUUGUGAAUUUUGCUCUUGCAAUUUGGAUUCUUAAAGUGAUGUGGUUUUCCCCAACAGGAAUGGGUCACUUGCGUGUUACAAAAGAUGGGCUUCGCCUGGAAGGGGAAUCAGAAUUUUUAUUUCCUUUGUAUGCCAAAGAAAUACACUCCAGAGUGGACUCAUCUCUGCUUCUACAUUCUACUCAGAAUGUGAGUGUAAAUGCACAGAACUCUGAAGGGGAGGUCACUGGAAGAUUAAAAGUGGGUCCCAAAAUGGUAGAAGUCCAGAGUCAACAGUUUCAGAUCAGUUCCAAAGAAGGCAAAUCACUGUUUACUGUUGAUGAAAGCAAAGUUGUGGUUGGUACAGACAGACUUCGAGUAACUGGGCCUGAAGGAGCUCUUUUUGAACAUUCAGUGGAAACAUCCCUCAUAAGAGCCGACCCAUUUCAGGAGCUGAGAUUAGAAUCUCCCACACGAAGUCUAAGCAUGGAUGCCCCAAAGGGUGUUCAUAUUCAAGCUCAUGCUGGGAAAAUCAAGGCCCUUUCUCAAAUGGACAUCAUUUUUCAUAGUAAUGAUGGAAUGCUUGUGCUUGAUUCUGAAACUGUAUGUUUACCCAAGUUGGUUCAGGGGACUUGGGGUCCUGUUGGCAGCUCACAAAGACUCUAUGAAAUUUGUAUGUGUCCAGAUGGGAAGCUUUACCUGUCUGUGGCUGGCACAAGUACCACAUGCCACGAAAACAGUCACAUCUGUUCCUAAACUACCCAUAUCUUCCAUGGAUAAUCUGCCUUGUUUCAGUGAACUUUAGAGACUUCAAGCCUUCACUCUUAGAGCAACUUGACACCCUGGAAAACUGAGGUGGUGGAUGGAAGUAGGACAAAAGAAAACUGUGUCAAUGAAAGGGUUCAGAUGAAUGGUGUGUGGGUGGUAGAUGCAAAAGCCAAAGAAAUAACAAAAGAAAGUUUAUUCUACUAGAUUGAUUUCAUCAGAACCUUGUGAAUUUUCUUUUCCUUUCUUGUACAUGUCAAUCUACAAUGAAAUAGUGAAUUGCUGUGUGGAAUUAAUUUAUGAUGUUCAAUUGUGGCUAACUCCCCCUAAAAGUAGCAUUAGUCAAUACUAAGAUGACCCAAAGUUCUAUGAUGUGUUUUCAUUAUAUCACUCAAACCUGUGAGUUCUCUAUUCAUUUUAAUGCAAAGUAUGUCAAGUUUCACAAGAAAAUGUUCAUAUUUUAAAUGGACUUUAAGGUUGAUCUGAUUUUCAAUAUGUAGUCAAAGGAAUAAAUAUACAAAAUUAAUCAUGCUUUCUUUAUAGUCAAUGAGCAAUAAAAAUCAACCUACAUUUCCCCCCCCCCCCAAACUUCACAGUUUGAGCAUCUUACUUUCUUUAAUCCUCACAACUCUUUGAGGUAGGUAUUAUUUUCCCCAAGUUACUGGUGAUAAAAAAUGGUUCAGGUAUAAGAAGUCACAAGGUCAUACAAUAUCUACUGGAAAUUAAACUGUGACCCUACUUUUGAACAGCUGUUUUCACGUGGAAGAACUUUUAUAUGUUGUUUCAUUCCAUCCAAAAUACCAAUCUACAUAAAUGUGUAGAUGGGAUAAUACUCUUUUGACAAAUGAAAGAACUAAAGUCCAGAUGUGUUUUGUCAUCCACCAAGAUUAAACAGCUAGUAGGUGGUAGGACUCAUA